UGGACCGGACCCCCCGUAAACACAGCGGAGAGUGACAGUAUAAGUUUCGACUUGACUCCGUGACGGAAGAGAAGGUAAUCCUAUGAAAAAAGACUCCCCACCUGCCACUGUGCCCAGAGCGGGUCAUGACCGGCGGAGGCUGGCUGCUUGAUGCCAGAAACAAGAGCCUGCUCAGGACUCGCCCCACCGGGUGAAGAUAGAAGGUCUGAUUGACUUGAUCUGGACCCGAGUUCACCAGUGGCAUCCAGGUCGAACCAACAGCAGGCAGCAAGUUUUAUAAAGUAUUUAGUCUUUCCGCAUUCUGCUGAUCUACACGCCACUAUGAAUGUGUCUGAGGAACGAGAGGAGGGAGGUCCUGCCUCGAAAUCCACACUGUCUGGAGAACACGACAGCCAGACCAAACCCAAGAGCCCGGCCCAUCAGGAGAGACCAGUCUCCCCUGUAUCAAGCCAUGUGUCCAUCAAGAGGCGCACGUCUGUGGGGGAACCAGACACCGAUAAUAAAGAACAGCCUUCUCAAAUGAAAAGACUCGAUAAGAUGAGACCAGACUCUCCUGUACCCAACUGUGUGUCCAUUAAGAGUGACCAGUCUAUCGGAACCCCUAUUUUUUUCAAAGAUGGAUCCCACUCUACUGAACAGAGAAGACUCGAUAAGACGAGACCAGACUCUCCUGUACCCAGCUGUGUGUCCAUUAAGAGUGACCAGUCUAUCGGAACCCCUAUUUUUUUCGAAGAUGGAUCCCACUCUACUGAACAGAGAGACCAUCAGGAGAGGUCAGAGUUUACCAGCAGUCGGACUGUUCAGGAGCAUCAAACAGACUUGGACUCAACAUUUAUGCAACUUCAGGAGAACAUCAUCACUUUUGUAAAGAAGGAGCUGAAGAAGCUUCGGAAGGUUCUGAGUCCAGAUUACCCAGAGAGACAGAGUGAGGAGGAGGAGGAGGAGCAGCAGAUGAGGAGCACCAGAGAGGCAUUUCUGAACAUCACAGUGUACUUCCUGCGGAGUAUGAAGCAGGAGGAGCUGGCCUACUCUCUGGGGAGCAAAAGUCUUGUUCCUGAGUGCCGGAGUAAACUCAAAUCUUCUCUGAAGAAGAAGUUUCAGUGUUUGUUUGAGGGUGUCGCGAAACCAGGAGCAUUCACACUUCUGAAUCAGAUCUACACAGAGCUCUACAUCACAGAGGGAGGGAGUGGAGAGGUCAGUAAUGAACAUGAAGUCAGACAGAUUGAAAGAGCAGCCAGGAAACUAGAGAGAUCAGCACCACCAAUCAAAUGUGAGGACAUCUUUAAACCCUUACCUGAACAAGAGAAACCAAUCAGAACAGUGAUGACCAAGGGAGUGGCUGGCAUCGGUAAAACAGUCUUGACACGGAAGUUCACUCUGGACUGGGCUGAAGACAAAACCAACCACAGUAUACACUUCAUAUUUCCAUUCACGUUCAGAGAGCUGAAUGUGCUGAAAGACAAAAAGUUCAGCUUGAUCGGACUUCUUCAUCACUUCUUUAUUGAAACCAAAGAAGCAGGAAUCUUCAGCUUUGACAAGUUCCAUGUUCUGUUCAUUUUCUGCGGUUUGGAUGAGUGUCGACUUCCUCUGGACUUCCAGAACAAUGAGAGCUGGACUGAUGUCACAAAGUCCACCUCAGUGGACGUGCUGCUGACAAACCUCAUCAAGGGGAAAUUGCUUCCCUCUGCUCGCCUCUGGAUAACCACGCGACCUGCAGCAGCCAGUCAGAUCCCUCCUGAGUUGAUUGACAUGGUGACAGAGGUGAGAGGGUUCACUGAGUCACAGCAGGAGGAGUACUUCAAGAAGAGAUUCAGCGAUGAGAAGGCCGGAAGAAUCAUCUCACACAUCAAGACAUCACAAAGCCUCCACAUCAUGUGUCACAUCCCAGUCUUCUGUUGGGUUACUGCUACAGUUCUGGACCACGUGUUGAGAACAGAUGAGAAAGGAAUGAUGCCCAAGACCCUGACUGAGAUGUACAUCCACUUCCUGGUGGUUCAGGCCAUCCAGGCGAAUGUGAAGUAUCAUGGGAGAGCUGAGACAGAGCCACACUGGACUAAAGAGAGCACGGAGAUAAUUGAGUCUCUGGGAAAACUGGCCUUUGAGCAGCUGGAGAAAGACAAUCUGAUCUUCUAUGAAGAAGAGCUGACUGAGUGUGGCAUGGAUAUCAGAGCAGCCUCGGUGUACUCGGGAGUGUUCACACAGAUCUUUAAAGAGGAGCGUGGGCUCUACCAGGGCAAGGUCUUCUGCUUUGUCCAUGUGAGCAUUCAGGAGUUUCUGGCUGCUCUUUAUGUCUUGUACUCAUUCAACAAAACCGGAGUCAAUGUGCUUUCAGAAACACAGUCAACCUCCUGCAUGUCUAAACCACUUGGAGACAAACUUAAAGAACCAGGCCUCUACCAGAGAGCAGUGGACAAGGCCUUACAGAGUCCGAAUGGACACCUAGAUUUAUUCCUGCGCUUCCUUCUUGGCCUGUCACUGGAGGCCAAUCAGAAGCUCCUAAGAGGCCUGCUGAAAAGGACAGGAAGUGCAUUACAGACCAAUCAGGAAACAGUCCAGUACAUCAAUAAGAAGAUCAGGGAGACUCUCUCUCCAGUGAGAAACAUCAAUCUGUUCCACUGUCUGAAUGAACUGAAUGAACAUACCCUAGUGGAGGAGGUCCAACAGUACCUGACAUCAGGAAGACUCUCCAAAGACCAACUCUCUCCUAUUCAGUGGUCAGCUCUGGUCUUCAUCUUACUGUCUUCAGAAAAGGAACCAGGCGUGUUUGACCUGAAGAAAUAUACUGCUUCAGAGGAGGGUCUUCAGAGGCUGCUACAAGUGGUCAAAGCCUCCAAUACCGCUCUGUUGAGUUCCUGUAAUCUGUCAGAGAGAAGCUGUGAAGUUGUGUCCUCAGUUCUUAGCUCCAGCUCCUCUAGUGUGAGAGAGCUGGACCUGAGUAACAAUGAUCUGCAGGAUUCAGGAGUGAAGCUACUCUCUGCUGGACUGGGGAGUCCACAAUGUAAGCUGGAAAUACUCAGGUUGAGUUCCUGUAAUCUGUCGGAGAGAAGCUGUGAAGUUGUGUCCUCAGUUCUCAGCUCCAGCUCCUCUAGUGUGAGAGAGCUGGACCUGAGUAACAAUGAUCUGCAGGAUUCCGGAGUGAAGCUGCUCUCUGCUGGACUGGGGAGUCCACAAUGUAGACUGGAAAUACUCAGGCUGUCGGGCUGCCUGGUCACCGAGGAAGGUGUUUCUUCUCUGCUCUCAGCUCUGCACUCCAACCCGUCCCAUCUGAGAGAGUUGGACCUGAGCUACAACCAGCUAGGAGACUCGGAAGUGAUGAAGCUGCUCUCUGCUGGACUGGAGGAUGCACACUGGAGACUGGACUCUCUCAGGCUGGACCAUGCUGGAAUGUGCAGGUUGAAGCCAGGUCUGAGGAAGUAUGCCUGUGAACUCACACUGGACCCAAACACGGCAAACGGACACCUCCUUCUGUCUGAGGACAACAGAAAGGCGACGAGGGCGACAAAGCAGCAGCCAUACCCUGAUCAUCCAGACAGAUUUGACAUCUGGAAACAGGUUCUAUGUAGAGAGAGUUUGGCUGACCGCUGUUACAUGGAGUUACAGUGGGAAGGAGAGGUUCAUAUAGGAGUGACUUACAGAGGACUCAAAAGGAGGGGAGGAGGUGCUGACUGUGUUCUUGCAUUUACUGAGAAGUCCUGGAGUCUGUUCUGUGGUAAUGACAGAUACUCUGCCUGGCAUAAUAACGAAGAAACAGAGAUGCGUAUCUCCCCCUCCUCCUCUGGCAGAGUAGGAGUGUAUCUGGACUGGUCUGCUGGAACUCUGUCCUUCUACAGAGUCUCCUCUGACACUCUGACACACCUCCACACCUUCACCUCCACAUUCACUGAACCUCUCCAUGUUGGGUUUUGGUUUCGGUCAUGUGGCUCCUCAGUGAAUCUGCAUUAGAUAGAGGAGGUAGAGACGCCGCCUGUGUCCUGGAGGAAUACUCGCACUCCUGCCCAAAAACACCCGCUGACAUGAUAAAUCACUCUGUACAGGAUCUCACACACACACACACACACACACACACACACACACACACACCGAUGAAAACAUCCUCCUCAUUAACACUGUGUUCUUUGACGACUGGCAAGUCCAAUUCUUGAUCCACAGCAAACAGGGUGUUCAUAAUAAUGAGGUUGUAGGAGUUGGGAAAUGAUCGAGUCAAACAAUUCCCUCUUUGGCUGCACCUUGCCGGGUCCAUUUAUUCACAGGUCAACGGGCCAGUCCAGAUCCAGGUGGGCCGUCUUUAAAAAAAAAUCUUUUUAAAUAUGUUUAUUGGCAUUUACAAUUUUAGCAUAUUAAACAAGUCACAUAUUGAGUAAUUUAAAACAAUAAGCCCCUCACCUCCCAGGUGGUCCGUAGAAAUGUGCUCCGGCUUGCCGUCGAUGUCCACUAUGACGGCCUUGCCCCCGGCCUCCAAGACGCGAAACAGGCCAUCAUAGGGCGGUCGAAGGGGCCAUCCCCAGGAUGCAGAACCAUUGUUAUGUUUUCUUUGACACUUUAUUUAGGCGAUUUGUUGUUGAGUAAAAGUAAUCAAAAGGGGAGAUUGUGAGGACAAUUCACAUGUGAUGUUUGCUUACUUUUAAUCUUUCACAUGACCUUAUGUUGCUUAAACGGAUGCUUGAAGACCAAGCAUCAAGAUGUUUGUAAAAAAUUUUUUUUGUAUAAAUAAAUCAGUAAAAUCCAUAAAAUAAGAUAUUCCUUCAGUUUAAUUUUUUUUAAAAUGUUUUUUUUUUGCAUAAAUAAAUCAAUAAAAUCCAUAAAAUGAGAUAAUCCUUGAGUUUAAAAUUUUUUUAAAUGUAUUUUUUUAUUAUUUUUUUUGCAUAAAUAAAUCAAUAA